UAUCAAACAGAUGUUUCUUGCUUCUCCCACUGUUGUAUGAAGCACGAAAAACUGCCUGAUUAUACGAUGUGAGAUUUAAAUUCCACGUUUUUACGAGCUGUUGAAGAUAUUUUAAGACUUGUGUAGCUUGAUGGUUAACUAUCUCGGAUGUUUUUUCUUUUUGCCUAGAAUGUUUCUGCUAUGCAAAUUACUAAGCGUUUGGAUUUUAAUAUGAUGCGGAAAAUCGUUGGAUUUGCUAUUUUUGUCCUCUGUGCGUGUGCUGGCGUCAACGUUCUGUUUUUCUCCGUUGCGGAUGACGUCACGCGUCAAAGGCUGUAUUCCGGAUACGCAUACGGGAGUCGACACUUUGCAAAUGGUCCUUCAUCUUCAAAGACGAUUGGUGCGUUAAACGAGAAUGUACUUCAAAGAAUUACGCAACGAAAACUCCAUGACACACAAAGUAUAAAUUCUUCAAACCCCACAGCAAGCGAUGAACGAAUUUAUUCAUUUUCAGUAAAUCCACACCGCGCAUGCGCACGGAAUGAAACAACACCCGGUGGUGAACUUUGGGGUUUGCUAACAAUCGUCAUAAGCAACGUGAAUAAUUUUAAAAGACGAAAUGCAAUAAGAAACACUUGGGGAUCUACAGAAAAGGAUACGAACUCUAAAUUGCUUUUUCUUGUUGGUCUAGAUGUGGAAUCACGAUCUUAUUCAGCGGUAACAAACGAGGCGAAAUUAUAUGGCGAUAUUAUACAAGUCGAAUUACUUGACCAAUACAAGGAUUUGACCUACAAAUCGAUCGCUAUGUUACAGUGGAUGAUCGAUUAUUGUCCGAAUGUGAAAUUUUAUAUGAAAACUGACGAUGAUGUUUAUGCAAAUAUUGAAAACAUUGUCGGGGCUUUAGACGCAACGAAACAGAGACGAAAAGGUUUCUAUUGUCAUGUUUUCAAAAACGCACCAGCAAUUCGAGACAUUAAUUCCAAAUGGUAUGUGUCUAAAACGGAGUACAGUGGAAAUGUUUUCCCAACGUAUUGCGCAGGACCUGCGUAUAUUUUUGACGCAUCUGUGAUCAAGGACCUUUACCGAUCUACUUUGAAUUCACCAUUCCUUAGCAUGGAAGAUGUGUUUAUAACGGGUCUUUCUGCAAAACCGUUGAACCUGUUCCAUCAACACGAUGGACGAAUGGAUUUUAACAGAAGAGAACCGACAGGUUGUGUUUUUCAAAAGACCCUUGCAGCUCAUCAAAUGACGGAAGCAGACAUGUUUGUGAUAUUCUCCCAGCUGCAGAGCAAAGAAGUGGACUGUGAUACAAAUACUAACAAUUAUUUGACUAAAUUUGCGGAUAGUUGAAGACUGUAAAAUGACAAAUAAAACUAGAAACGUGUGAAUUGCCAUUUAAUGUAAAUUGUGUAAAUAAAACAAACCAACACAUAAAUAAAACAUAAAAUAACGCUAAUUUGUUCCUAGAAAAUAACGAAAUCAAUGUAUUUCUCCUCAUAACCAAUGCAAAUAACAAUACAAGACCACACUCUCGCGUAACAGCAUGCCAACGAGAGUGAAUAAUAUAAUGCUUUUAUAACUUAUUUCACACUAUUUGUAAAAUAUAUAUAUAUAUAUAUAUAUAUAUUUUGGAAAUCAACAAGUUAAACAAAUGCAAAUUUAAACACAUUGCUUAUAUACCUAACCUAAUUAAGCUCGUAUAACAAAGACAAAUUGUUAACUAUGCAAAAACAUUCGCCAUUUUCACUGUAUUUUGAGCCGUUUAUUGUUGUCCAUGUUAUACAUGAGUAUAUAACAAGUUUCUCUGAGUUUGUUGUUAAAAUUGAUUCUAAUCAUUGGCCCAGGUGAUGUUUUAACUGAUCAAAUGGUAUGUUGCUGUCCAAUAUCAUUAAUUUUGUUUCCAUCUGCAUGGAUAGUACCUCAUAAGACUAAAAGAAGGCUACUUUUAACGUUUCAAUAUUCUUCUGCGCUUGAAAAAAAGGAGAUUUCUUUUAUACACCAUACAUGUCUAUCAAAAAAUCAUAGACAAGUUAUAUGGACAUUUCUAUGUAGGACAUUAAUAUUACUUAAAUUGUGAAUUGCAAUUAUCAAAACUAUUUUCUGUUAAGUUCAUACCAUUAGACCACUGGCACCGGAUUUUCAAACUCAAUCAUUUUUUUUAAAAUCAAAAACAAUCUUAUAAUUCCGAACUAAAAAUUAUAAUACCGAAAAUGUGAAAAAAAUAUUGAA